CAAAAUUUUGAUUUAAAACAAGAAUUUUCAAAAGUGCUUGAAGAAAUUAUUGGUAAUAAUAAAAAUAAAAACAAAGUGAAAGUUAAAAUUUAAAUGACAACUGGAUAAUACAAGUUUAAAAUGGAGCGAAUUAUUCCCUGACACUUCUUGACAUUAGUUUGGGACAGUCGCGAGUAAAAACAAAGAAUUUAAAUUGACAAUUGAUUUUGGUGCUCGAAAGCAUUGACUGGUUAAUAUUUAAAUAAAUAAUAAGCCAUGACAACGAUGGGCGUGACAGUGUACUGCAACAGAGUGCAGAUAAACGGGGACCAGGAGCAGCUGAUGCUGCUGAGAACCCUCCAGGACAACGAGAGCAACAUCCUGGGAAGUUCGCCGCAUCUGAUCGUCCAGAAAGGUCUUAACAUGAACAUGAAGCUGAAUCAUGGAAGCAGCAACAACAACAUCGUUCUCCCGCCUUACGACCCGACCAGACUAAAGAAACACGGGAAAAAUGGUCAGCCUCCGCCAGUCGCGGUCGCAAAGAGGAAUGCCCGCGAGAGGAACAGGGUGAAGCAAGUUAACAACGGGUUCGCGACACUCAGACAACACAUUCCUAAUUAUAUUGCUGCGGGGUAUGGAGACCGCGGGAAGAAAUUGUCAAAGGUUGAAACUCUCAGGAUGGCUGUCGAGUAUAUUCGCGGGCUCCAGAGACUACUUGCGGAGGCCGAUGGUGUGGAGUUUGAUAGUGGAAGUCACAAUAUUCCGUCACCCAGUAGCAGUAUUUCUGGGCACAAUGGGGCGGGGGAGAGGGUCGUUUUUGAGGAUGAAGGGAACAAUGAUGAGGAGGAACAACACCAAGAUGAGGAGGAUGAGAGAGUUACUAGACUAUCACCGGCAGCCGCGACGUCGCCGAAAAAUUUGUACCCCGCGGGGGAUGAAGAAAACUUGGAGCCCGCGAUACCUGUGCAAAACUUUGCAAGGCUGUCCCCAAGUCUGGCGUCGCCUGCGACGGAGUACUACCAAAAUGAGGAGAACCUGGAGCCGCAAAUCCUCUCCCCGUACAGCGGAGCCGGGGAUAGCGAGGAGGGUGGAACUAUUUACGCGGCCAGUCCCGAGGGAUUCGGAACCAUUUACUACAAGCAAGAGAUCUCCGACACCGGGGAGUUCAUGGACGUCGUGAGCUGGUGGGAACAGGAACAGGGAAGACUAGUACACACUCAACCCCAUACGCAACGGCUCACCCAUGUGUAAUUUUAAUGUGUAUAAAAACUGCCCGAUAAAAUAAACCGAUUCAGGUACAUGUAUACGAAGAUUAAACAGACCAAGGGGACCAAAAUGGAUACUUAAAAGUCAAUGACUUACUGAACAACAGAUUUUUAAGAAAAAAAUGAGAAGAAAAAGGCCAUCAGUGUCUUUGAAGCAAAGAAAUAAUAUAAUAAUCAUGUGUCAUAUUCAUAAGGUGCCUCGGAAUAAAUUUUCGCCAACAUAAAUUAUUUAUAUAUUUUAUUAUGAAUUAAAAAUUGAUAAUAAUUAAAUAUUAAUAAUAAUUGAUAAGUAAAAGCCAAAUGAUAUUAAAUUUAAAAGCGUCUUUGUUGUCGCG